AUGCGGGUUCCGCAGAGCUAUAUUCAGAAGUGCAAGGUCGUUGCGCACGUUUUCCAGGUCCUGCUCAUCUUCAUCGGAGGCUGCAUCACCAUUGCCAUUCUCACAAAAGAUGGCGAGACCGGAGGUGCUACAAAAUAUUUCUUUGCCCUGGGCUUCCUUACCGCGCCUGCCAUCAUUUACCUCGUAAUGACACCCAUGUGGUCGAGAGCCAAACGAUUCGCAAACGCAUACGCUUUCCUAGCCCUCGAUGCUCUCUAUACCAUCUUGUGGUUUGCAGCCUUCAUUGCGGUCGCCAUGUGGAAUGCCGAGGGUAUCCGCGAAGGCGCAAAGGACAAGAAAAUAGAUGGCAAUGGCAAUUGCACAACUUUCAAGUUCGGACCUGAGGAUAAAUGCAACCUGAGUCGCAUCACGGUCGGAUUCGGUGCUGCUGUAUUUGUCUUCUUCGCCGUCACUACCGGUAUCAGUGUAUACUACUUCACCAAGUUCCGCAAGGAAGGCGUCCUCCCCUACGAAUCAGACAAGAUGAAUCCCCACCACGCCUCCGGCGAGACGCAAAAGGAUAAUGCAUGGUCUACGGAAAUGGGUGACCACCACAACGAUUCAGACGAUGAUGACAGGCGCACAGAGCGCGGCGGAAACCAAGAGGAGGACGAAUACGCCCUUCUCAAUUCGACAGAAACGGACGAGGGCAGACAUCCUGGACGACCUCUCAGCUGGGGUGACGACAGGUUCGGCAGAGGCGACCAUGGACACACCCCCAUACCCGUCGCACCCUACGCCCAGUACAACGACAACCCAGAUGCACUGAGCCCCGGCGGCUACGAAGAAUACCGCCACCAGUCAACCACAAGUGGGAGCGGACCGACACCGUACCCUCCCACACCGGGAGGAGCAGGAUACAGUUUUAGCGGCGGCGGCAAUAAUGCCAAUGAUCGAUAUUAA